GAGAGGCUGGUCGCCAUCGGGGACCUGCACGGCGAUUUGAACAAGGCGACGCGGGCCUUUCGCGCGGGCGGGCUCAUCGAUUCGCACGGCAAGUGGAUCGGAGGCGCGACGGUCGCGGUGCAGGUCGGGGACCAGCUGGACCGCGGCGGUGACGAGGUCGCCAUCCUCUACAUGCUCGAGCGACUGCGAAAAGAAGCCAGAGACGCCGGCGGCGAGCUCAUCGUGAUGAACGGCAACCACGAGACGCUGAACGUCGCCGGGAGGUUCCGAUACGCGUUCGAGCCGGGCAUCGAGGACUUCAGGCGGUGGCGGGGGCGGCAGCUCCUCGGCGCCGCGCUGAAGGCAAAUCGCGGCCGGUCGGGCAACGCGCCUCCCCCCGGAUCCGCGUCCGGUCGCAUGUACGCGGACACCGGCCCGGGGUGUACGAUGCCGAGACUCGCGGCGCUCGCGCCGGGUGGACCGAUGGCGAAGAGGUUCCUCGCGCAUCAGCCCGUCGUCGUCGCGGUCGGAUCGACGCUGUUCGCGCACGGCGGCGUGCUUCCCCACCACGUCCAGUACGGCCUCGAGCGGAUCAACCAAGAGACGAGCGAAUGGAUCCGCGGCGACGGCAAGCCCGGGCCGCCGCCGGUGCACGUCAGCGGCGGUCGAAGCGUGGUCUGGGCGCGGGACUACUCGUGGCCGCAGCGGCACAAGUGCGACUGCGGGGUGCUUCGGCGGGCGUUGGACGGCCUUCCGGGGAUUGACCGCGUGGUCGUGGGUCACACGAUCCAGCAACCCGAGGGUGUUAACGCGGCGUGCGACGGGCGGGUGCUCCGCGUGGACGUCGGCAUGAGCGAGGGAUGCGGCGGGUCCGAGCCCGAGGUUCUCGAGAUUUUAA